AUGCUUGCCGCCUCUAUCUUGUACCAAGCUCUCCUAGCCGCUGUGGCGCUUGCUGCCGUGCCAGCGCGCCGUACUCAGCGCACGCACCAGCGUACCAAUGUCUUCCAACUUGCCUCUUCAGAUGUUGCCGACUCGUCGCUCAGCCCCAACUGGGCAGGCGCCGUCCUUGUCGAGCCUACAGCGACCUAUACAUCCGCGACGGGCACCUUCGUCGUCCCAGCCGUAUCACUUCCUGCAAACAGCACGUCAGGAACUACAUACACCGGUUCUAUAUGGGUCGGUAUCGACGGAUGGCAGACAUGUGGAACGUCGAUUCUUCAAGCCGGCAUCGAGAUCUGGAUCGAUGAUAGCGGAACGACAACAUAUGAGGGAUGGGCGGAAUGGUGGCCCAAUGACCCAGUUGGGCUAUCGGAUAUCAGUUUCAGCGAGGGCGAUUCAGUGACGGUCACGGUGACCGCGUCGAGUACGACCGCGGGCACGGCUGUAGUGGAGAACACGACGAAGGGCCAGACCGCGACGUACUCCUACAGCGAUCAGACCGCCCACCCGCUUUGCGAGUUCAACGCAGAAUGGAUUGUGGAGGCCUACGAUGAGGGCGGUGACUUGCUUCCAUUCUUCGCGUUCGACGCGGUCACCUUUACUGGCGCAAGCGCGACCACCGCGGACGGCACUCAGGUCGAUACCACAGGCGCGACGCUGACCGACAUUCAGCGGACGGAAGUUCUCACAUCGACGAGCGCAAGCGGAUCUACGGUCACUAUCGAUUACAUUGCAUGA